GCCACGUCCUCGUCCAAUGACGGCGCGCUGGGCUUUCUUGCAAUCCAAGAUGGCCUUUCCUACCGUCGAGUUCAUUGCUGCGCCAGCCACGGAGGCAUUCCGCGCUAGCCCGCACAAUGUGUCCACCGUCAAGCCUACGGUCGACAUUCUGAAGAGUGCCGAGGGCAUGAUCAGGGUGUAUUAUGGUCUCGAGGACGAGGACAAGUCCUCUGCAUAUGUCUGCGUCGCUUGGGAGACGUUGAUACACCACCACAAUCUGAUGAAGGACACGGAGAAGUACCCGAAGCUGUCAGAAGACAUCAAUUCCAUUCUCGACGUGUCCGGGAUUCGAAUGUUCCACGUCGCGUUUACCAGCGAGCCAUAUGGAGCGUUAGAGGCACCCGUCACCGAGGUCGCGACCUUCACCCUGCACGAGGGCCAGUCGAAGGACGCGCUGGAGGGGCUCGUGGACGAUCUGGCCACAGCCAUGAAUGCGGCUCCGAAGUCUGCCGGGGUCAUCCUCGCGGCGUGGGGGCCGACGGUGGAGAAAGACGAUCUCAUAGCUCUCGUUAUCGGCUGGACGAGCAUCGACGCACAUUGGGCCUUAGUGGCGACAGACCAGCCAAUUAAGGACCUUAUCGAGCAGAUUAGGGGUAUCGCGACCAUUACUGUCAAGCAUGUAGCUCUUGCACACCACUAAGGUGUUAUAGGGAUAACGCAUCGGCACACAGAAGGCGGAAUUUUCGCUGUACAGUAUCCCGACAGUCACGAAUUUGUAUGCAUACACGCACCCC